AUGGCACGCCUUUUGCCUGCCCGGUGGUCUGACAGGUCAGUGAAGAAGGUACGUUCAAUGCCGCGCCUGCCCGAAUUGCACCUGCGCGACACCACCGUUCUGUCCUUGAUCACUGAUGAGCGUUUUGACCCCCCGCCUCGUCUCGCUGGCGUCCGUCUUAAAACCAUCAAGCCCCGCGCCAUCGGCAUCGCCAUCACCGUCGUCGUUGCUUCCGCCUGCGCCUGCACCUGCACCUGCGCGAAAAGCACCCUCAGAGGUGCCUCGGUUCGCGCGCGGACAACGUCGCCGGUGCAUCACAUUGGAAACUUUCUGCCCCCUCCCUCCACUUCUCCCGUGGCAGAUCAACUGCGACGCAAGUCUUCAACCUAG